UUGGUUCCUCUCUGCUCAUUGCUCAUUGUUGUGAUUUUCUUCCUGGAGAGGGAAUUUCUUGAACUUUUUUUCCUGCUCACCAGCACGGGUGAGGAUGGAUGCUGGAUUGGCUGGGGUACUCAUUACCCUCCUCCUCUCCAUCCUGUGGUUCCUGGUCUCAAGAAGCAAUAAGAAGAGAAGCCGACUGCCUCCUGGACCGGCCCCAUGGCCCAUUCUGGGCAACCUAUGGCAAAAGGAUGUCCUGCCCCUCUACAGGGCCUAUGAGAAGCUCAGCAGCACGUAUGGCCCCAUUUUCACCAUCUGGCUGGGGCUGAAGCCAGUGGUGGUGCUCUGUGGGUACGAGGUGGUGAAGGAUGCUCUGCUGGGCCACCCCGAGGAGUUUGGAGGGAGACGUGAAAUACCGCUUCUGGUGCAGCUAUCGAAAGACUACGGUUUUCUCUCCAAAAAUGAGAAGAAGUGGCAGGAGCUGCGGAGGUUCACGCUCAGCACCCUGCGGGACUUUGGGAUGGGGAAGAGCUCCAUGUCGCAGCGGGUGCAGAUGGAGGCCCAGCACCUGGUGGAACUGCUCACAAAAUUCAAAGGAAACAUUUUUGAGCCAGUUACGAUGUUGAGACAUGCAGUUUCCAAUGUGAUCUGCUCUGUUGUCUUUGGGAGCCGUUACAGCUACAGCGACACGGCCUUUCUGGAGCUACUGAAAGUGAUCGGGAAUUACAACAGCUUUUUCCUCUCCCCCAUUGCUAUGGUCUACAACACUUUCCCCAACAUCAUGAACCAUCUCCCAGGGCCACACAGGAAAGUCCUGGCCGAGUGCGAGAAGCUGAAAGACUACAUCCGAGAAAGAGUCGAGCUUCACAAGCUCACGCUGGAUCCCAGCUGCCCCCGGGACUACAUUGACUGUUUCCUUAUAAAAGCGGAGAAGGAGAAGAGCAGCCCAGAGAACAUGUACAGCACUGAAGACUUGGUCAUGUCAGUAUUCAACCUCUUUGGUGCCGGGACACUGACUACUAGUAGUGCCUUGGUCUUCUUUCUCUUGACCCUGGCAAAAUACCCCCAUAUUCAAGCCAAGGUCCAAGAGGAGAUCGACGCGGUGGUGGGCACCAGUCGUGCUCCCAGCACAGAGGACAAGCUGAGGAUGCCGUACACCAACGCGGUGAUCCACGAGCUGCAGCGCUUCCACAAGACCCGCACUGAGAAUUUCCCACGGAUGACGACGCAGGACGUCAUGUUCAGAGGCCACAUCAUCCCCAAGGGCACGGCUGUUAUUCCAGUGUUUUCUUCCAUGCAUACGGAUCCAACCCAAUGGAAGAACCCCAAAGAAGUCGACCCAGGCCACUUCUUGGAUGAGAAGGGCAAGUUCAAGAAGCACAAAGCCUUCAUGGCUUUCUCGGCAGGGAAGCGGAUGUGCCCAGGAGAGGCUCUCGCCCGCAUCGAGCUCUUCCUUUUCCUCACCACACUCCUGCAGAGCUUCACCUUCCAGCUCGCCAUCGACUACAGGGAGACAGACUUAUUCUCCCUAUGGAUUGGGAUAGAGAGCAGGGCGAUACCCGGCAAUUUCUUUGCCAUUCGGCGCCCGGUAUCCUGUGAGGCAGAGAGCAGCGGGGAGAAGGAAGGGGUCUUCCAGGUGCCUCUGCUUCUUCUGAAAUCAGAGCAAGCCAUGCGACCAUGAAUGCUACAGCAGCAGCCACCAAGCAGGAGGGUUGCUUUGAGCUUUGAGCUUCUCCUCAGAGAACUGCCAGGCCUCUCUGCCACCAGCUCCAUGGGCAACCUGCUCCCAACCCUUCACCUCCACACCCCAGUAACACGAGGAAGACAGCACUGGUUUUCCUCCUCAUGUACCUAUCGGCUCUGACUGAGCCUGUAGCUCCUUGUGGCAGGGCUGCCUGGAGCUCGCCAAGCUGGGUGCUCCCUCCUUCUGGUGAGAGAUUAAGAGUGCUUCUGCAAUAAAAAUAACCAUCGUGGCUGGA